AUGGAAUCAACACCAACAAAAAUAACUAAUUCAACAACGAAAAAACGCAAACGUACAAAUGAUAAAUUUGAAUAUCAAACACCAAAUCAAUCACCAUAUACAAGACGUAAAAAUCUUGAUUAUACACAACAAAUAACAAUUAAAACACCUAAAAUUCAACGUCGUUCACGUUAUAAUCAAAAUCAAUCACCAAAUACUACUACUAAUAAUAAUAAUUCAUCAUUAAUAUUUACAAAUCGUAUUAAUAUAAAUCCAUUUAAAAUAAAACAUCAUUAUCAAACACGUCUUGCUAUAAAAACUCAAUCAUUAUUAAUACCAUCAUUAAAAAAUUUAUUUAUUCAACAAUAUGAACAAGAAUUUCAUUAUGAAUUAUGUCUUGGUAAUGGUGAAUUUUCACAUAAAAAAAAAUAUCUUAAUGAAGAUAUAUUAAAAAAUAUACUUCAUCAAUUAUCUGAUGUAUUAACAUUUAUACAUAAUAAUGAUUUAGCACAUUUGGAUAUUAAACUAUCAAAUAUAAUCUUAUGUUAUUAUAAAGAUAAUGAAAUUUUAUAUAAAUUAACUGAUUUAGGACAUAUUAGUCAAAUAAGUUUAUAUAAAAUUGAUAAUGAUGGUGAUUGUCGUUAUUUAGCAUUAGAAAUAUUACAAAAAUUUAAUAGAAAUAACUUAUAUUUAGAUAAAUGUGAUAUUUUUUCAUUAGGUUUAACAUUAUAUGUUUGUGGAACAAAUUAUAUUAUGUCAAAACAAGGUAAUGAAUGGCAACAAUUACGAUUAAAUAUUUCACAAUAUUUAUAUUCAAUAACACAUUGUUCAAAACAAUUUAAUGAACUUAUAUCUGAACGUAUGUGUAAUAUUGAUCCUAAACGACGAGCAUCAGCUUAUGAAGUAAGUUUAAUGAAAAAGUAUUUAUAA